AUGUACCAAUGGACAAUGCCUGGAGAGUACUAUGCCAUGAACCAACAAGUGUUCGACGACAAUCGUUUGUACACUUUUGCAAAUAUGGCUUAUCAGGAUAUCUACGAGGUCGGUUGCAAUUAUGAACAGUGCGUUGACGAGAACAACUUUGUAAUUGAAGCAUCGGUUAUGUGUAUUUACAACAAAAAAGUUCCCGUAGGCACCACACUGUAUGAGUUAGGAGACACAAAUGGAUGUGAAAAUACUCCUAAUGUGUGCACUAUGCCGGAUGCCAAAUGUGUAGGUCUUCUUUGCGAAGUGCCGCGCAAUCCCCCUUCAUUCCUU